GCUCCAUGUGCACCUUCGCGUUGCGGACGAGCACUUUGUAACGUUUGAUGUCCACGACGAUGCCCUUGGAUUCCAGCAAAUCGUGCACCUUGAGCACCUCAUGGAACUCGCGACGGUCGCUGUGGCCUUCCAUGACUUUUGUCGCAAAGACAGCGCUGGGGCUGGUCCACAGUCGUUCUUGGAACUUGGACCGCGUCAAGUCGACGACAGCGUCGAUUUGCUCGUACCGCACGAGUUGGCACACAAGAGCGUCCACUGCGGCGAGGCGCGGUACUGAAGACGACAAGACUGCGUCUUCCAUGCACAAUUCCCAUAGCGACACGGCAACUGACACAUGGCCGCGGGAGAUUAGCUCCACAUACAUGUCGUUGACGGGGAUAGGGGACGUCAAGACGUGUUGAUGGUUUGCAUACCACGUCAUAUGCUCAUGCAUCUUGGCCGGAUCUUCAGCGAGGAGACGGGCAUACAAGCGGAUGAACAAAUCGACAGUUCGCUUUUCUACGCGGACUGAGUGCUUGCUCAUCAUCUCAAUCAUCUUGAAAGCGCUGGGCACGUCGCGAGCUACAAGAUGCUCUUCUAGGAAAAUGGACAACGCGUACGUGUCGUUCGGAUCGUGUGAUGUUGGUGCUUGUGCGAAGUACUUCUGAACCAUCUCGAAUUUCUUGUGUGGUGAGAUCAAAGGGUCAUGGAGGGAGUCAAUCGCGCCUUGACUCAAAGAUGGGACGAGCUUCUCCG